GCGUACUGUCGGGUCGUGUGCAGACCAACUCCCGCGCCGUACCAUCGCGAUUCAGUCUGACUCAGAGAAUGGGCAUUGGUGUCCCUAUGGUAGUUUGUCUUAUCGCAAUCAGAUACACGUAUUAUAAAUCAUAUACCGUCGAUACAUCGUACACGUACGUCGCGUUUUAUCGUUAAUCGUCAUGAUCCUAUUUCACAGAAGCUGCGUAAUCAGUUUUCGCAAUCCUUACGUUAUACUCUAUACAUAGAUAACAAAAACAUUACGGACACGGCUGUGCAGUGUAUAGUGAGUGUGUCUCUACGUAUCGGUGCGAUUCGCCAAGGGGCGUAGACACCACUGGGCAUUUUUUUCGUCUCAUUAUCGCCAUAUCUGUAUCCGUGCAGAAUUGAUACGGCGUAUUCCAUUUUACACCGCAGGUUUGACGAUAAGAUAAUACAUCAAGUGACACGUAAGGCAUUUUGAAUCGUAGAGCCCAUGGGGUUGUUCGUUUCUCCGUGCAUAUAAACUUACGUGACACAUGGUACAUCGAAUAUUUAUGCAUACAAACUAUGCAUAUAUACAACCUACGCACGACGCGUCUGAAUAAUCUACCUAUUAUUUACGUAUUCGAUUAUGUUCGGUCAAUUUUUCGCUGUACGCCUUAUUUCUGGGUAUUUGAAUAUUUUCAAGCUACUCAAAUGUGCUUCCUCAUUGAACCAACCAUACUACUGACGUGAAAUGCCUCGACUAGACGGAUAACAGUGUUGCUUUAUCACCCCGCUGCGAUCGAGUCGAUCGUUGAUUGACUCACGCAUAACGGCGAGAUCCGUGGUUUUGACUCGACUAUGACGACCUGACCGAUAAAUUACGCAAGCGAUGCCAGUUGAUCCGAUUUUAUUAUAAUAUAGCACCGCCACCCUUACUAUCAUGUUUUCCGCGAAAGGCAACGCUUGACGCGCAAUUCUCGGACAUCCCGUAUAUGAUCAAUUACCACUGCGGGAAGUAGUUCAUAGUGAUUUGAAACUGUAGGUUUUUAAUCGUCACUCUACGAGUAUGCGUCUCUCGCAUGGCAUACAUAGGUUGACACACGUGUUGAACGCAGGAUGUACUUGUAUCGGACGUAAUAAAUACAUGCUAUUCUCAGACAGCGUUAAAUUGACCCUUGCAUAUUUGUAAUAUAAAUGUAUGAGGUGCGGUCGAUUCGUGAGUGAAAUAACCGUAAUAGAACAAGUGUGAACGAGAGAACGAUUCGUCGCAAGACAGGAGAUAAGUGACUAUGCUUUAACAAAGAAGUAGUGAAAUAUAUACAAAUGAUGCUAGUGCUUCUUCUGUGUGUCAUAAUGAAGAUAGCAGAGCUUUCAGCUGGUCGCGGUGGCCUUCCGCUGAUCAAGUCUGCACGUCAGCCUCGGGCCACUUCCCCGUCUUCCAAUAAGCGGAAGCGACGUCAUCGACAUUAUACACGGACAGCAAGGGGAGGAGGUGGUGCCAUGAUGGAUGAACCGCAUACACCUGGAUCUGAUUGUAAUUCUAACCCUCCGAUGGAUCCAACUCCUCAAGAUCUUCUCGGUUCUGAGUUUGUGCAUGACAACAUGGAUUAUCAGUGGUUUACAGAUUGUGGUUAUAGGGAUACAGGACUACAAGUUCACUCAAGUGUGUUAUCCUCCUUAUCUGCCUCAUACACCCGAGAUGACCUGAGGUAUGACGCCGCAGCUCGAUACCUUGAUGCUAAUUUUGCAGAGAUAGAUAUGGAAAGUUUCCGAACUGCGGAUAUCCACUCGCUACUUACUCUUCCAGUAAUAUGCACAGAUCCUGUCCAACAUUCAGAGUCAAACUAUCAAAGGGAAAAAUAUGCCAGCAUGUCUGGUUCCCUCAUGGAAAAAAUUGACUUUGAUUCUUCGAUCAGCCCUCAUACCAGCAGCCAGGGAGAAGACUCGGCAUGUUCGACAACAGACACUAUGUCUAUAUGCAAGUCGUCACUGCUUUUCUCCCCUGUAAAGGAGACACCUGUUCUGCCUCCUGGUGGCAGCUACAGUGUCGACUCCCUGGAUUGUGAAGAUGUGUUGCUAACCUGCCAAGCCCACAACAAAAUAAACUAUACAAUUGCAUUUGAGGGUAGUAUGACCAUGUAUUCCGAUGGAUCGCAAGACUUUGAGAAUCAAGAAAAACAGAAUAUGUACCAAGUUUCAGACUUUUAUUAUGAUAAGAAAUUGAAUAUCAAAAAUGUGUUGGGUCUUUCAAUGGCAAAAUCAGACUCAAAAAUUUAUACAACAUGGAGCAACUUGAAACAUUGUUUAUCGAAUAAUGUCAUGACUCGUCAUCCAUCUGGAAAUAACAACACAAUACAAAAUUUUAUUCAACCGACUGGACGAAUGAAUUUAAACUUGAAUAAAAAGAGUCAAAGUUUACCCGACCUAGCACAGACUCGGGAGCUGAGUCGUUAUCCUCUUAAUUUCUCUGUCGACUCUGCUGAGUCAAACCAAAACGCGGGCCAUUUCCAAAGCUCUGGGUCCAUAAUGAGUCGUUCGAUGAAUGAAGACAGUUCGGAGAGUGUAGAUCAUAUCUCUAUGGGAAAGAAAAUUCAAAACUUGAGUUUAGUCAAACGCUUCAUGAAACAAAAGAGUAUGAGUGCUGAAGGCAUGAGCAUGACCCUUGAUCAAUCAGGCUCAACUAGCGACAGUGGUUGGCCAACAAGUAACAGUGGAAGCGGAAGUGGCAGUGGACCACGCACUCAGAUACAACAAACAAAUAUUAAUACCACUACUGGUAAUCAAAAUUUGGAGAACGAUUUUUCUAUCAAUUGGGUAAAAUCUGACCAUUACAAUAUCAAAGCAACGGAAAACACGUUUGUCACUGAAAAUUUCGAUAAUGCUCUGUGGAAGCAAUCUCCAUUGAUCGAGGAAUUCGAAGAAGAAUCGCAGUCAUCGGCCUCUGUAGAGGAGUUGUCCGAAAGUAUUUCAAAAGAUGACUGCCCGUCUUGCAGUAAAUGUGAAAAGGAGAAAAACUUCACUUUGAAAGACUACGUAGAGCAACCGAGCAAAGAAUGGAAAGGUGAGUUACCAUAUUUGAGAACCACAGGCACUCAAGUAUUCACUCAAGUUGAGGAUAAUGGGGUCCAAACAUCGCUGAUCUAUUCAACGAAAGAUAAUCGCUACCCACCAAUUCGAGAAGCCAUCAUUGAGAAGAAACCUGCAUACAUCGUUUAUCCAAAUUAUGCCCUGCCAGAUUUGUCGUUUUUGGAGUUGAGUCAAAGUAAGUUUGAAAAAGUAGCCUUGAAGCCUCAGUGCUUUGAUAGAAGUGCAAGUAGGUGGAAACGGUUCGAGAGAUCCGGUCGACCGUUUUCCUGCAAUGACGUAGAUGCUUUAAAACAACGUGGGUUUUCACAUAUCAAAGAUUGGGAAUCUUUAACGUUUCUUUUGCCAACCGAGUACAAAAAAAUUCUCCACGAUGUUCCUGAAGUAUCGCAACAUGUGAAGUGUGGGCAAGAAACGAAGAGACCUUUAUUCUGUUUGUCCCCGCAAAUGCGGCACAGGAUUCGUAAGCCGGAAAUCACGACACCCAACAACACUGCUUCAUCUACAAGUAGUACAGGCACACAACCAUCCUCGGGUUACAGGGGAUCGUCAACAAUCCUCACAGAUUCGUCGAGCAAUCAGCAAGGAAUACCAAGCAAUACUAAUCCACUUUAUUUAUACCGCUACGAUAGCGUCAGCUCUGAAGCGAGUCUGACAUCCCAAGAUACAAGGCAGCCGCGGCCAUCCUGUAAACCUAAGAUAAAAGCUCCUGUACUUCCCGAACGUUCUAUUCUGACACAGCAUAACGAUAUCGAGCAGCGGCGUAAUGAACAUUACAAUGUUAAGGCACCACCCCGUCCUCCGUUACCUAGAGGGAUAUUGAGAAAGAAUAAGCUAGCACUCAACAAAAGAUACAGCAUGUUCGAAAUGGGUGGUGUCGAAGAGUUAGAAGACAACCAGAAAUUAACAUCAGAUACAAACAAACGUAUGUCUCUGCAGGAGCCUUACUAUCUCAACAACGAAUUGCAGCUCCCCAUGAAUCACAGACUCACCGAUUCUGAAAAAGAUAUCGAUGAAGUUGAAGAGCGUCAAUAUUAUGCAGAGAGAUUAAGAGAAGCUAGUCAUUGUGCUAAUCUGGAAUUCAAUUCAAGCGAACGAAGUAUGGAAAUGAUACAGUUGGAAGAUUUUUUGAGGCAUAGCGGGUUUUCUUCACAAAGCAGUGAUGGGGAUAGCGAAGAUCAAGACGUGAAGCUUCGGUCAUAUGUCAAAAAGUUCUUGCGCCUGAAAAUGAACAAAGAUUUAGUGAAGAAUGUCGAUAUGAUGGAAUCCCAAAAAAAAACUGUGAGCUUUGCUGUUCAACGAGGAAAAUUGCAUUUGCCGGAUCCUUCCAGCACUCCUGAUUUUAUGCUAAACAAAAAACAGAAGGAUAGAAGAAUAUCUGCUGCCAACUUCCCAAACAGUGACCCCAAAUCAAACACGUUCAAUUCAAACGACAAAAAUGAUAUGCUGAGGUUGAUCAACAAGUCGGUAGGUCUGAUACUCAACUAUUGGCACACAAAACCGAUCGAGGAUAUGCAGGUUCAUUCCAACAGGAAUGAAUGUGCCCAGCUCUGCCUCACUAACUUGUGCCCAGCUUUGUAUGCCAUUAUGUCCGACGGUCUAAGGCCAAACAUUAAUUCCACAUUCGGACCACUUACAAAUAGCGUUUGGCAAGUCGUCGAGGCAUCUUCCCAACAGGGUCCAUUAACCAAAACACUCAAUGAAUUGGUACAAAAAAUUAACGGCGAAGAUUUUAUCACCGAAGGCAUGCUAAAGUUUCACGCAUUCGUAUUCGGGCUUUUGAAUUUGCGGGCAUUGGAUGCUUGGUUCGCGUAUCUUUGUACAAGAGAAACUAUUCUACGUAAACACUAUUCGAACAGCAGCUUAUUCGUGAGUUCUCUUGGAUGUGUCAAUGCUAGAGAAAUGGUAGACACAUUUUUGGAUAUUCUUCAACCUCUCGCACUCUGUCCUUUUGAACUUGAUAUGUUGUAUCAGUAUCGUCAACUGCACAACAGCUUUGGAAAUAUCAAUAACCAUGUGACUAAUAGUACAGCUUUGAAAGUUAUGGAUAUACCAGAAGCAAAUGAUGCCGCCAUACGAGAGACUGGUGUUAAUCCUACUAGUCCUACGAAAGCGAGACCACGGUCCUGUGUAGGCUAUGUCCAUGAUGACUGUCAAGCUAUUUUACAUAGAGCAGACUUGAACAAUGCAGUUAAAAAACGUUGGAGCAAUCUUCCUGCUGGCUCAAAAUUGUUUCAAGCGUUCGAUAAAUUGGCAUCUGAAGAUUCUGAGGAUUAUACCGAUAGUCUGGAACAUUCACCAAUGAAAAGGACAGUGGCUCAGCAAAGUAUUUUUACAAAGCUUAAACCUUUGACAAGUUCUCCGUGUAACGAUGAUAAAAAUGAUCUGAUUCCUGGUGGUACGAAAUUCAAAAAAAUUCAGGAAAAAUGGGAGCAGAUGAUUGGGAAAGAGGAACACAGAGAACCAGCCACUACCCGGUUGCCAAUAUCUCCAGCCCUAACACCAACUGGUGCCGGAAGGUCAAAAAUCCCACGAUUACUGUCAUCUCCUACCAGACAGUCUCCAAAUGUGACGUCCCCGGUAUCGAGAGGCACAAAGUCACCUCCCACCGCUAUACCAUCAUUAAAAAAACCUCCUGUAACAAUUUUAUCAAAAACUGGAAACAGAAGACCAGGCGAAUUUCGUAAAGAUUCAACAACGGGUCGUACCAGCCGGGUUGAUCAGGAGGUCGGUAGCAUUCCACGAACUCAUUUGGUGAGGCCUAGCUCUCUGCCAUAUAAACCGUCUCACAGUAGUGCUACAAAAGAGAAAAAUCUGGCAUCUCCUCAUAGACGAGCUGCAUCCACCUCUCUGCCAAGGCCUGCAGCAUUUGGAAAAUCUAUGAGAGGAACGUUUAAGCCCUCACCCAAAGAAGUCAGAACCCUCACUCACAGGUUACCAUCGGACAAUGGUCACCUUUCAUUCAGCGAAGGGGAAAAGCUACGGGUUAUUUUAGAAGUAGACAGUAAGUGGUUACUCUGCUCGAGAGGUGAACACAAAGGAUUGGUACCAAGAUCUUGUGUCCACGUUAUACAGACUUAACAUUCGUUUCUGAUUAAAACGUAAGCUAUGUCAGGCAAUGCGGUCGCGUAAAUCAAUUCUCGAAAGAAACCUUGAUAAUAAAAACUAUGUGUACAGUGUAUCAAAUAUGAAACGUAGAAACGCUUUUUGCAUAAUAUUAUUCCUACGUUAUAGUUGACGUCCCAUUAACAAUGUAGGCAGAUUAUUGCUUCGUUUCGAUUUACCCUCUAGUAGGUGUCAUUUAUUCAUGUUGCAAACUAAGAAACAGAUAUGCACACAGCUAUACUGCUAAUAAUAGGCAUUCAGACCAGAUUGUAUUUACUUUUUCUGAACAUACCUAUUCAUAAUCACGAUGUACAUAUAUUAUAUACAGUAAUUAUUAAUAAUAAGUCAUAACUUAUCUGAUAACGCAUACUAUAAUUGUAACUGUGAUCAUAGCGAAUAGGCAAAUUUAAAUAACUUUAUUUCUAAGAACAUGCAAUGAACCUUCCCUCUUUGAAGCCUACGUUAAUUUCACCUUCUGUUCGAUGAUUGGUUUUUUCGUCAAUCUUUUCAGGCAAAAGUUCAGUGUGUUUACUUUUUCAUGCAUGUAUGUGAUUUAAAAACUAUCAUUCGAUCGAUCGUUUUUCCGAGAUUUAAAACUCUUUUACUUGCUUUAUGCAUUGUUUCAUGAUUCACAAAACACAGAACACACAUAUUCACAUGUAAUAAACUUUAUCAUUGCCGCGUAA